CUCUUCCUUUCUCCACCAUCAUGGUAUGCACGGUGGACUCUGUUGCUCGCCAUGUCUUCUCACAAGACUUCCAAGAUCAAGCAAUUCCUGGCCAAGACACAGAAGCAAAAUCGUCCCAUUCCCCAGUGGAUUCGGAUGAAAACUGGUAAUAAAACCUGCUACAACUCCAAGAGGAGACAUUGAAGAAAAACCAAGCUGGGUCUCUAAGGAAUGGCACAUGGGGUGGCACACAUGUUUAUGCUGAAUCACGGUCACCAUCAUCUUGCCAUUAUCAAGUUGAA